AUGGCUUUCUCGUCACCCCAAAAAAACGAUGGUAAGGCUCAACCGCGGAUGCUCAAUGAUAAUAGACCAAUGGAGGAUCCAAUGGCCCGGCCUCUGACAUCAAGACCACAAAACCGGAACACCAAUCAUUUUAAUGAGCCAUCGACCUACCAAAGCCAGUUUCCAUAUGCUGGGCCACAGAAUUCUCCACAAAUGAUGCAGCAACCGAUCCUCGAGCAGCACCCUUUUGUCGGACAGACAUAUGGCACGAAUUUCGGACUGAACCCGAGAAGAGCUCAACCGCAGGAACAAAUUCCCUGGGGAUACCAGCAACAACAAGUAUUCAACAUUACU